AAUGAUAUGGCUAGAUGGCGACACUUGACCACUUCCACGUAAAAAAUGGCGGACUGCAAGGAAAAUAAAGAAGAGACGAAUCGACCAUCCUAUGUUUUAAAGGUAGAUCCACCACAAGAGUCACCAGGGGAUUCACCUGAUAAUUCCAACAGUGAAGAAAUGGAGAGCUCAUCAACAGAAAAUAAUACCAAGGAAUCACCCUCGAGUUCUACCAAGCCAGUGUUAGCUGCGUCAAAGUUUAGAACAACAUUUGGGUGUAGUGAUUCUAUCAAGAACUUAGUUGAGGAAAGAAAGUCAUCUACGUUAUGGUCCUCCAAAUUGAGCACAGUGACAAACAGUCAGCCUACUACUAAAGUAUAUCUACAACCAGCUAAGUUUCAGAAUCCAUUUGCAAAAGCCACAGAUUCAUUAUUAGAUGAAAAGAAAAAUAAGGAAAAGGAAAAUAAUAAAACAGAAACAAAGGCAGAUAAGAACGAAGAAAAGGAUGAUAAGAGUGAAAAGAAAAAUGAUAAUAGCGAAGUAGGAGAAACUAAAGCAAUAGAAAGUAAAAGUGAAGUAAAAGACGCUAAAAAGGAAGACAAGCCAAUUGAGGAAGUGAAGCCCACCUUCCUGUUGCUAGGCACAAGCACAAAAGAUAGUGUAAAUACUACAAUAACGCCUUGUGCAUCAGAACCAAACUUUGUAUUUGGUCAAAACUUACAGGAACGCGUUAUGAUCGCGAAUGAUGCAGAAAAUUCUGACAAAACAGAAGACAAGGAGAAAAAGGAAAAAAAGGAGGAAAACACAAAUGCAAAUGGUUCCACAGAGCUUCUCUUUUCCAGUGCAUCAGCAGCAUGCCGUACUACCUCCAAAUCAAAUCUAACAUUAACCGAAGCUGCUCAAAAAUUAGAAGAAGCAAACCGUGCUAAUAAGAGGAAGUAUAGUCAAGUAACGCCAGUAACUGGUGAAGAAGGAGAGACAAAUGUUCUUCAGAUUAACUGUAAAUUCUUUGCGUUUGACAAGGCUAGUGGCGGAUGGCAAGAAAGAGGUAGAGGUACUUUAAGGCUAAACGACCGCGACGAAGAAUCUCGAUUAGUGGGACGCACUGCAGGAACGCAGAGAUUAAUUAUGAACACAAAAGUAUGGCCAGGAAUGAUCGCGGAACGAGCUGCACUUAAAUCAUUAAGACUAACGGCGAUGGAUGUUCAAGGAAGUAUCAGAAUCUUCAUUAUUCAAGCAGCGCCAAAGGAAGUGGAACAACUCCAUGAUUUGUUGGAAGAGCGGCUAAUACGCGCACAGCUACGCCAACCCAAGAAAUUAGCUACUGACCAGUGACAGUCGAUCAGUCGUCCCUGCGAGCUGUUUGCCAGUUAUCAUCUAAAUGUACGCGAUGCAGAAGUUGCUAACACGUGAGAACAAGAUUCGGGAAACUACGUCGAAGUUAUCAGGCCCUAUUUGUUUCUAUAGUAAUUCGUACACAAUAGAACUAUGGCUAUGAUUCGCGCUUUUUCCCCUUGUGGAAGUUCUUAGACUUCGAUGAUAUAUCCCGCGGUGCACUGAUGUUUGCAGACAAGCAAGAGGAGACAAAAAAGGCGAAAAUACCAAGCCGAAUUCUUUCUGGUAUAUAUUUUCUAAUCAUUCCCAACCGAUAAUUCUUUUACACGAAUUUCAAACAGCGUUUUUUAAAAGGAACCGAGAAAAACCACUGGCUAGGGAGUUUUGAUAAUAGCUUAAUACGAACACACAUAUACACAUAUACACACACAAAUCAGUCACGAAACCGUGUUGUACACUUUGAAGAAGAACAGCGUUUUUAGUUUCCAGUGAUCAGUCUCUUUAUAAGAAUCAUUUGGAUUUUUAUCGUAGCGAUGUUCGUAUCGAUUUUGGAUUCUCUAUUCCUUGUCCGCUAUAUAUAAAUAUAAAUAUAUAAAUAUUGUACCUUUUAAGGAAAUUAAGAUUAGUUACAUUAUUUAAGAUGUAGUUCCGCCGUGAGCGAAAGUGACAGCUCUACACAUGUUCAUCGACGAGAAAACAUUGUGAGCCUGUUUGAAAUAUACAUUACAUAAGGUUCUAUCGCGAGCACAUAAUGUUCAGGUUGUUCCAUGGUCGAAUCUGUAACUAUUUGUACUUUACUUUAACUGUAUAUAGUACCUAAGGAAAUCGGACAAUUCCCACGCGAUAUUUCAAAGGCUGUGUAUAAAACGGCUUCUCUCUUUAAUUUUCUGCUUAACGAUAUUUAUCGACACGACAAUCGCUCGUUUGUUCCACGAGGAAGAAUGAGGGGAGUCAGUCACAAAAUUGCCCUUUAAUGCAAUGUGCAGUAAUGGAACAGCAAAGAUAUUAAUUAACGUAGAAAAAAAUUUUAUUCACAAAAUAUACAAAUAAUGAGUAA